AUGGCAGUGGUACAGUUCGAUGACGAGGAUUUGGCGGCCGGGCUUGCCCGGGGGGAGCUUUCCCUGAUCGGCUGGCUGAUUCGUGCACCUCCGCCGCUAUAUGCACUAAGGAUGAUGUUGGGCCGUGUGUGGCGGUACAAAGGGGAUCUCACAAUCUCCGCCGUAGAUGAGGGUUUGACCCAAUUCCUCUUUUCGCUGAAGGCUGACCUAUAUAAGGCGGUUACCAAAUCCCCCUGGAUCUUUGACAACUUUAUGUUGGUUCUGGCACGGUGGGAAGACCCAUCUCCUGAGGUGGCUGAACGUCUUUGUUGGGCUCCAAUGGCGGUACAGCUUUGGAAGGUGCCGUUUGAGUGUUUCAUUGAGAAAAUGGCCUGGCGGUUGGGUUCUUCCAUUGGGGUGCUCAACGAUUCUCCCACGCUCCACCGCUCUGAUGUUUCGGGUGGGCUGUACAUUAGGGCGGCUCCAGUCCUCGAUCUCAUUGCCCCUUUGCCGGAUGUGAUUACUGCUGGGGACGUCGAUUUGGCUCGAGGUAACUUUGUGGCUUCUGUUAAAAUUGAAAAGGUCCCUCACUUUUUCUUCCUUUGUGGUGUAAUUGGGCACAUUGGAGAGAACUGCCCUCGUAAGGAGGCGAUGGCUGGCGCUACUCCAAAGUAUGGGGUGUUCUCGGUGGCCACCGAGUCAGGGUCACCAAUGACGGAGGAUACCCUGUCAAAGCGAAGCCGACGGUUCACUUGGAUCCGUGCAGCCAAGACUCGCUCAUCUCCAUCAAGGAAUAGCGGCAGCUUCAAGGAACCCCCUCCACGUCAGGCUCUUCCCCAAUUGCUGGCAUCCCAGGAGGGAGGUGUUGCUGGUGAAUGGCGGGAUACUCGUCGCCCCUCCCCGAGACUGAUGGGAGCCGAUCUUCAAGCGCUCGCGAUUACUCCGUCGAAUUCGGGGCCUAGUGAUGAAGUAGCAACUCAAUUAGCGGAGGACGCUACCAUGACUGAAGGUGCUGUCCCCAACUCUUCUUCUCCUGCAGCCAAAAGAGCACGUUCAGGUCCUGAGACGGCGGAGACAAUCUCUUUUCUCCAUGGUAAGGUGGUGGCAUCCAGCCUCAGCUGGGCCCAACCCCACCCAUGA